AUGAAUCCUCCAGUAGUAUACGAAGAUGUACUUAGUGGCACCUUGUGCGGUUAUGAUAGAUCUUACAUACGUGUCAACUGUGCCAAUCGCCGACCAUGGGAUGGAUGUCCACAGGGCUGGAUUCAACAAACAUGGGUCGGUGCCGAUUUAACUGUUUGUUUUAAAGCUGUUACAUCGAAAAAUAGUUCAAGUAUUGUUGGAGGUCUAUGUGAUCUUCAUAAUUCUGGAGGUAAACAGUUCGCUCAGAUUUUAUGUAAUCAUACCUUAAAUGGUGUAUGUCCCACUUACUUGCAAUCAGGCUAUUCAUUAGUAGGACAAUCGCUCACUUCUAACGGAGUUUUACAAUAUUCAACUAAAUUUUGUGCUAAAUCGAAUUCUACAUACCCAGAUUUACCAGGUACACUAUGUGGUAUACAAUGGGCACAAACAAGCCAUGGCCCUGCAUGUGAUGGCUAUAAUCCUGGGCUCUCACAGUGCCCACCUGGAUAUGCAAUACAAUUGUGGGUCCUAGAAUCUGGCAGUCGCUUUCAUUUGUGUGCAAAACGAUAA